UGCGUCGCUCCCGGAAGUGAGGAAGUGGUAGUAGCAGCAGCGGUAAUAGCAACAAGCAGCUGCUACUGCCGCCGCCUCUUCAACUUCCACUGCAUCCUCUGUGUGGGACUUAACGCCAACACCUCCUCCCCCCCCCCCAUUUCUCUCUCUCUCUCUCUCUCUUCCCCGCUCCCUGGCCUUCCAGGGUACGGUAGCCGGGAGUGGCCCCACGCAGCGUGAAAAGGUGGGCCGAGUGGAAUUCUCGCCUUCGCUUCCCCACCUGAGGGGCGGCUGCGUGGGGUGGGGGGGUGGGCGGCGCUGGCGGCGGAGAGCGCGCGCGAGAUGCGGCUCCGCCGCCAACAGCUCUGCCCGGCCGCGACGCUUCCGCCACAGCCCCCUCCCCCUCCUCCGUCUCUUCCCCUCGCGCCAUCAUCACUGGGGGCCACGGACUAGCUGCGGCGCCCCCCGCCCUCACCUUUUCCGGUACCGCCACUAUGAGACCGGCCGAGACGCCCCGCCAGCGCCGAGCUCCGGAAGAAUAUUGACGGUUGAAUUACUGCCUUUAUACUGUCAAUUCUGCAAUAAAGUGGGGAUGUCAAGGGUUCCCACACCGCCGCCACCUGGAGAGAUGUCCAGUGGACCUAUAGCUGAAAGCUGGUGUUACACACAGGUUAAAGUUGUGAAAUUUUCAUAUAUGUGGACCAUUAAUAACUUCAGUUUUUGCCGAGAAGAAAUGGGUGAAGUUUUAAAGAGUUCUACGUUCUCAUCAGGGCCAAAUGACAAAAUGAAAUGGUGCCUGAGAGUAAACCCAAAAGGAUUAGAUGAUGAAAGUAAAGAUUAUCUUUCAUUGUAUUUACUAUUAGUUAGUUGUCCAAAAAGUGAAGUGAGAGCAAAAUUUAAAUUUUCUCUCUUAAAUGCAAAAAGAGAAGAAACAAAAGCAAUGGAAAGCCAAAGAGCAUAUCGAUUUGUUCAAGGCAAGGAUUGGGGUUUUAAAAAAUUUAUUCGAAGAGAUUUUUUACUUGAUGAAGCUAAUGGUCUUUUACCAGAUGAUAAGCUUACUUUAUUUUGUGAGGUAAGCGUGGUCCAAGAUUCAGUGAAUAUUUCAGGACAGUCAAAUACGAACACAUUAAAGGUACCAGAAUGCCAACUAGCAGAAGACUUAGGGAAUCUCUGGGAAACAACAAGAUUUACAGAUUGCAGUUUUUAUGUGGGAGGUCAAGAGUUCAAAGCUCAUAAAUCUAUUCUUGCAGCUCGUUCACCUGUUUUUAAUGCCAUGUUUGAACAUGAAAUGGAGGAAAGCAAAAAGAAUCGCGUAGAAAUAAAUGAUGUAGAUCCUGAGGUUUUUAAAGAAAUGAUGAGAUUCAUUUAUACAGGGAAAGCUCCAAACCUUGACAAAAUGGCUGACAACUUGUUGGCAGCAGCAGACAAAUAUGCACUGGAACGGCUGAAGAUCAUGUGUGAAGAAGCUCUGUGUAGUAACCUCUCGGUAGAAAAUGUUGCAGAUAUACUUAUCCUUGCAGAUUUGCACAGUGCAGAACAGUUGAAAGCACAAGCAAUAGAUUUUAUUAACAGGUGCAGUGUUCUUAGGCAACUUGGUUGUAAAGAUGGGAAAAACUGGAACAACAACCAAGCAACAGACAUAAUGGAAACAGCAGGCUGGAAGUCUAUGAUCCAUUCUCAUCCCCACUUAGUAGCUGAGGCCUUUCGAGCACUCGCAUCUGCUCAGUGUCCGCAGUUUGGCAUUCCACGCAAACGGCUAAAACAGUCAUGAAAUCUUCCACGAACUUUAGAAAAUUAAUGACUCCUCCAUAUCCAGAGGGGUUUUUGCAGACCAUCAGCCAGAAUUCGUUACCCCUGUCCACAGAACAGAACCUGAAAGCUUUUGAAUGGAUAAUAUAUGGUUUAAUAAUCGGCUUUAAAUUAGACUGAUAACUCUCCAGUUCACUGAAAGGCCUUAAAUUCAACUACUCUAGUUCAUGGGUUUUUUAAAUUGUGCCUCGUCUCUUUGACUAGGCAAUGUAGGCUUGCACUAGAUCCAUAAUGCAGUAAUGUUGAUAAAUGAAGACCAUUCUUGAAAGGGAUGUUCCUCUUUUUCUCUUGUUUCCUUUUCUUUUAUUCCCAAAUGAAAGGUAUUGUUUGGUCUUGUGGUAACUGGCAGGUUUCAGCUAGCCUCUCAUUGAAAAGCACUUGAAUUGGGGCCAACAAACACUCCAGUCCAAGUACUGUAUUUAGGGUGCAUCUGCCUACCUUCAGAGGGUGCUGUCAGGCAUGCUGUGGCAAUAUACUACUCUGAAUAUAACUUAUUUUUCAUUGGUUCAGGUGAGUGAGGGAAAUAUGCAAUGUCUUGGCCCAGAAAUGUAUUUUACUAGAAUUCGUUAAUGCUUACUGUGUGUGAAAGUGUCCAUCAGAUGUUAAAAGAAGCACACAGUAAUACUUUUGGUCUGUGUUCCUAUAUGAUCAAUUGUUGUUUUACUUUGUACUGAACAAGAGUGAAAGCUAUUAUGAAGAGGGAAUAAGAGACGUGCCGGGGAGAAAUACUAAUUCUCAAAUGGGAUACAUGGUCGAUCAAGGAUGCAUAAGAAUGACCAAAUGUAAAUUUCAGAAAUGGGCCAAAUUAUGGAUUCUUAGUAUGCACUUUUAAUGUGUAACUUUUGUAUGUUGUGUGGUACAUAUAUAUUUUGGUUUUGAUAAAUAUGGUACAGUAAUUGUGGCCUAACUUUUGAGAUACAUUAAGAUGCCCAUAGCCACAUGGGAUUUAGUUUUGUUACUGCAAACAAGGAAAGCAUGACUUUAGAGAUGUUGCUUCAAAGUUUAUAUCUCAAAUGCUCAUGUUAGAAUCCAUUCUAUUUUCACAUUUUGGACAGGCUUAACUUUGUUCCCUUGGUGUGUGUGCGCGCACAAGCCUGUUCACUCUAGUGGAGGUUGCACAGACACAUACUUAGCAGGAAGAAUAGAAGUCUAAAAAUGUCAGUAUUUGUAAGCACUGACUUGCUCUUUCUCGCAUUUGUUGUACUAGCAUUGUGGAUGGUAUUGAAAUUCUGCAUAAUGUGAAAAGGAUGCAACAGCCUAUAAACUGCUUGUCAUGGGCCAGUUGGGUUGGGGGGGUGGCUAUAUGAACCUUAGCUUUAAUGCCACCACUUCCAGUGUUCUUGCUAGCUUUGUUUACAAUUGGGAGGAAUUUGUCUGCAGCAGUUCACAUUUCUAAACGUUUCUUUACUCCUUGUUUUGUUUUUGCAUUUUAUUUUUAAAGAUGGUGAUGUGCUAUAUCUGUUGCUCGAUGAAAGUUGCAUUAACUGUUAGGAAAGGGAAUUCUUCAGAACUUUUCAACUGAAGAUUUUAGUUGUCGCAUUUGAUUCACGUUCUGAUAACCUGGCCCAUUUGAUUCACUUUCUGAACACCUAUUAUUGGGGUGUGCCUUCCUUCUAUUUUCAGCAAGGGAGCACCCACAGAAUGAAAGAUGUGAAACAUAUUGAUUCUGAACCCUGAUUUCAAGUAAAUACUUAUUUAAAAACAAUGGGCUGCAAGCAGGGUAUUCCGGACCCACAGAGCGCUGGAUCUUGAAAUAUAACCCACAUCCUGGCUGCACUUAUUUGGAGUUAGCUGAAUGCAGAAUUUGAAUUGACAUCCUUGAGGCUCAGUUAAAGGGCAAUUUUAUAAUUGCGCUGUUGGUAAUUUCUGUGAGCCUAACCCUAAUUCAGUGAACUGAAUUGGUACACAGGUGUACUAUUCCGAGCAUUGUAUCUUUUAACAUUUAUUGAAAGUUUCUAUUUAAAUUUAGGUCCUGUAAGUGUUCUUAUCAGCAAAGCAUAAGAAUGCUUGAUGCUCCAUUAUAGAGGUAUUCCUGCUGCAGUGUAACAAAAUAAUCAUAAAGAGCAACCCCUCACAUCUUGAAAGUUGCAGCUGUAAUAUACAGUGACUUGAAUAUUUAAUACUGUUAACUGUCCAUUUCAGCUUGUUUUUAUUAGAUCCAGCAAUCAGAUUCAGCAUUUUGUUUAAAGCUUUUGAGGAGCUUAAUAGCACACUUUGUACCAAAAAAGGCAACACUGUUCUGUCAGAAUAUCUACAUCCCUAUUGUCCACUUGUCAGAACUAACAAAAUACAUACCAUCCAUCCCACUAACAGCCAAUCAUGACAGUUGAUCUAUCACUUUGUUGUGUGUGUUGGCUGUAAUUUUAAAAAGUAAAACAAAUGUUGUAUUAAGUGGAUGCACUAAUCUACAUUUUUCUUCAGUGAACCACAUACAGUGUUUUCACUCUUCCAAAAGAGCUGGCAAGAACAACUUUCUCUUAGUCACUUCAGUCUGCUUGUAUUUCCUGUUUUCCUAAAAAUACAUUGGAAAAGUCAAUUUUAAUAUGUAUUUUUAGGCUGAAAACAAGAAAUCUUGUGAGGAUAGGCAAAAACCUCCUUAACAAGAUUUUCAGCACAAUUAUCGAAGUGCCAUGUUUGGCCUGCCAACUCUUUCCCCUCAGUAGCCAUCAGCCAUCACCAUCAAACUUUUUUUUCUCCUAGGCCCUAGGGGAAAAUCGUGCAUGUGUUGUGAUGUGAGUUUUUAACAUUAUUUUCAGAAAAAUAGGACUCUGUUUUCUGUUUAAAGUGGCAGAGAUUCUACUUCUAUGACUUCUGUGACAAUAUGUUUAAUGAAGGAAACUUCAGUAACCCAUACAGAUUCUGACAGUCCAUUUCCUGCAUGCUUAAGUAUCAGUGUAUAGUGCCUUUUCUAAAUGCAAGAUCAGAUUGGCACACUUUGAAAAUUCCUGGGACAGCUGGAGAGUUGUACUUGAUGAUAAGGUAGUCAUAAAAUGCAUAAGUGGGUAAACGUACAUCAACUUGUCCAUCUUUAGCAGAUGCAACCCGCCACCCAAAUUUAGGUAAAAGUUCUCAGCAAAAACUCACAAGGCAUUUCUAUGUGCUUAAUGGCUCCAUAUCUGACAAUGAAUCUCCCUUUAACCCAGGGGGGCAUAAAGGGUUUUUCUUUGCAGAUUCUGUAAUUUAAAGGUGGAAUGGCAGAGAGCUUGACUUCAGAGAGUAAUGCAAGGCACAGUUCACAUGUUCCUUACAUUUCUCCUUAAGGUCCUUUAUAAAGAGGAUGUUCCCUCAAGCUCAAGACUAAGUGCUUGUAGUGGUAAAGUCCCUAGAAAAAAUGUUAUUUGCAGAUGGUUUGGGUCAUAAGAUGCCACUUCUUAAAGUUUUUGUUUACCCCAAGUUUAAUUUCUGAAUGAGUUGAUUGGAUUUUCGUCAUGCUUCCUAUGAAAUGUUUGUUCAUUCUACAACCAAGUGGUAUUUAUUUACUUGCUUUUUUCUGCUUGCAGCAAAUGGACUUGCCCUGAAAUGGAAACCCAUUAUUUUUGUCAGUGUUUGCUGUGGUUUGAGUUAAUUAUACUCUAUAAUCUAGUUAAUCCUGGAUUUUGAUAUGUCAGAAUGAAGGUUUAUUGAUGAGUCCUAUUUUAGAAUCUAAACAUUGGAAGAAUUUUAACUGGUCUUGGAAGUUAUUCACAUUUACCGAUCAUGUUAAAAACACUUGCAUCGAACCAUCCAGCCUUUUAUAUCUGCCUGAUGUUAACAGUGAAAUACUUUUUGUACCUUGUUGCUGAAAAUAUUUUUGCAUUUCAGGACAUCAAGUUACAAUAAAGUUGUUAAUUAUACAGAAA